AUGACGAGGCCUCAGAUUAUCCGAGCUGACACCUUGGAUCUCCAAGAUCACGAUGAGCCUUCCGCUAAAGACCACACCAAACAACCUGAACAUCCACAGCCCCUUGGGAGCGGCCGGCCUGCUCCCCAUCAGGAGCUCUCUAUCCGCCACGCUGAACAGGAUUUACAAUCGGAGAUAAAAGGCGGGCGAGACAAAAGUGAGAAUCGCAAUGGCAAGGACGCGGAGGGACACUCCGACGAUGAAGACGAGGACGAGGAUGACAACCAGUACGAGCAUGAAGACGGAGAUCUCGCAGACGGUGAAAGCGAUGACAUGAUGGACGACGACAUGAUGGACAAACUCUCUAGCUCACCUUCCAUUGAUGACGAAGAUAUUGAUUUUGAGUUUGUCUACGCGCUUCACAACUUCGUCGCUACCGUUGAUGGACAAGCAAAUGCCGCUAAGGGUGAUACUAUGGUUCUCCUUGACGACAGCAACAGUUACUGGUGGCUGGUUCGUGUUGUCAAGGAUGGAAGUAUUGGAUACCUUCCUGCUGAACACAUCGAAACGCCCACCGAGAGGCUCGCCAGAUUGAACAAACACAGAAACGUGGAUCUAUCUGCGACGAUGCUGGGCGACAAUAACGAAAAGUCCAAGAAUCCGUUGAAAAAGGCUAUGCGUCGUCGGAAUGCGAAGACUGUCAAUUUUGGAGCCCCGACGUACAUCGACGCCUCCGAUGUCGACUACUCGUCGGACGAAGACUCCGAACAUGGCGAUUUCUUCGACGACGAGACUUUGGAUGGUGAAGAAGAGGAGGGACAAGAUCAAGCCGAGGAUAUCGUUGUGGAGCCUCUCAGGCCAAAGGGCCAGAAAGACAAGCCCACCGAAUCCUUGGACAAUCACGAAUCGCAUGAAAGACAAGAUUCACAGCUUUCGGGGUCCGAAAGACGCCCGUCAAGUGAAGAAUUCUUUGAAGCGGAAGAACCCACCGUCAGUAGAUCCAGAAAUGGCACUGUACGAAACACCGAUUCAUUCUUUAAGGACGACACUGCCGAGCCAAAGAAGAUUUCUCUUACUCCAAAUCUCUUGCGUGACGCACGUGAUGAAAAUGGCAUGAGCACUUUGGCAGAAUGGAAAGAGCCUCGCGGAAGUCUCGACUCUCUUGAAAAGGGCACUAACCCACAAGAGAAACUGAAAGAGAAAGAGGAGAAGAAGCGAAAAGAGAAGAAAUCGGGGAUGCUCAGCGGGCUGUUCAAGCGUAAGAAGAACAAAGAUGAUGUCGACGAGCCAGAGAAGUCCACUGCAGACUCGGGAUCCCGCACCUCGCCCCAGCCAAAGACCUCGAUGGAGUCCAUGUCGUCAAAGUCUAUGUCGCCCGAUCAGCAGCGAUCCUCCAAGGAACAGCAACGCACCUCCAAGGAAUCCCAACGCACUUCAAAGGAAUCCCAACGUCCGUCAAAGGAAACCCAGCGUGCUGGAAAGCCCCAGAAGCACACAGUCAACAAGUUGAUUAAGCAGCCUCCGGGCAUCAUGAAGGUUGACACAGAUCUCGAUCCAGAUAUGGCCGAAUUCAACUCCAAUGAAGCUUUGCAGCGGAAUCCAGGCGAACAAAGCAUUCGACAGGUUCCGCAACACGACGAGGAAGAAAGCGGCUACGAGGAUUGUGACAUUGUUUUGCAAUCGCCCAUUAGCCCAGCUAGUACUUCCAAGGACCCCUUCGCUACUCCCCUUGAAUCCAUGGACCCCUUGGCCUCGCCGGUCGACCGCCCAUCUAGCAACUCUCAAUGGAGAGGACCUAGCGAGUAUGGCGAAACGCCGGCUGGCUCCAUUACUUUGACAUCUCCUCCUCAGAGGUUUGAACCUUACACGGGAGGGACCGGGUCUGAGUCUCCCGUCAACAUCUCUCCAGUGGAUGCCUACAUUCCUGUUGGAGUUGAGGGCAUCACAGACGCACCACACAGCACACGCUCUCUGUCACCUGAAUCGGCGCCCUCAUCACCCGAGAAUGACACCCAGUACCAAAAGACCGUCACAACAACUCCUGGUUCGAUCGACACGCUCUCUGUGGAUACCCCAACCUGGAGCGACUCUAGCCUGCGGUCAUACAUGGAUGAAGAAAACGACAUUCGUGACUUGUUCAUCAUCGUCCAUGAUAAAUCAAAUGUCCCCCCGGCUGGUCCUGAUCACCCUAUCACCGGCCGUCUGUUCAAGGAAGAAAGUAAGAGACUCAAGGAAAUGAACAACGAGCUCGAUGAAAUGCUCGUGAGAUGGAUGUCACAACGGUCUCGGAACUCUUCCUCGGCACGUAGCAUGCAAAGCGCAGUAUGA